GGGGCGGGGGAGGUUGUGGUUCCGGUUCCGUCACCCAGACACGUGAAGGUCGGCGAGUCGGUUCUGUGCUCGCUUCGGCCCGCGUGGUCGCGCCGGGAUGGACUCCUCGUCGUCGUCUUCGGGCGCGGGUUUGAGCACCGUGGAUCCGCAGUUGCAGCAUUUCAUCGAGGUGGAGACGCAGAAACAGCGCUUCCAGCAGCUGGUGCACCAGAUGACGGAACUUUGCUGGGAGAAGUGCAUGGAUAAACCUGGGCCAAAGUUGGACAGUCGGGCUGAGGCCUGUUUUGUGAACUGUGUUGAGCGCUUUAUUGAUACAAGCCAAUUCAUCUUAAAUCGACUGGAACAGACCCAGAAGUCCAAGCCGGUCUUCUCAGAAAGCCUUUCUGACUGAUCUCAGCAUUACCUCUGUGGAAAAGUAGUUCAAGAAACGAAAAGCUGUUGAUGGGAUAACUGAAGAAAUGGUUCUGGGGGGGGGGAGGGGAAUUGGCUCCCAAGUUUCUUGGGACAUCUUGUCACCUGAGAUUGAACAAAGACCAAUUUUUAUGUAUGGGAGUUGAGAGUCAUGUGUAUUGGUUGUGUUUUUUUAAAGCUAAUCUGUGAAAAUAAUUGAGAGAUAAAUGAAAUUACGAGAUUCAUUUUACUGUAUAUGGGACUCUGCUUUCUCAAGGUCCCUUAACUGCUUUAUAUAAUUUUGAUAGUAGAAGUGCUUUCUAUAAUUUGAUAGUGGGACCACAUAGGGUAACUCUCAAUUUGUAUGGAUUCAUUUCUGAUUUUUUAAAGGAGCCUUUUGCAUCAGAAAGAGCAGCAGUGAGGAAACAACCUGGCACUGUUAACCACAAGCUUUCUUAUAGUUCAAGUUUGACUAUCGGAGCUGAAAACAAUUCUCUGGGUGUUCAUACAAUUCAGCCUUUUAGGUUGUCUUUCUCCCCAUAUCGUGGUUUACUUCAAUCCUGAAUGUAAACACGAUCUCAAGGUAGUGGCAGCCUGAGAAUCCAGAGGGCUUUAGUUAGUUAAAAAGGACUCUAGCUCCUGAGCAUAAUUCUUACUACCAGACUGGCGCAGGAGGAAGUUAAUUUACUCUGUAUAGCAGGAUACAGAACAUUCACAGAUGUGCCUAAAAAAUGAUAACAAUUUAGGCCAGUUAAAAAUGAAACAGUUUCAGGUAGACGUGCAUGCCUGACGUUAGUCAUAAAUUCAUUAACUGCAUUCUUUCGGUCACUGAAAUAAAAGCUCUGCAAGAUCAA